AUGCGUCUCGCCCCAAUUCUCCUCUCACUGGCGACAGUGUCACUGGCUGCCCCAGCGAACUUUUUCGACAAUGCCUACGACUUCUCGGAUGAGCUCUCCGACUUUUAUUCCAAAGUCAGCCAGUAUAUCAGCCGCGUGAGGAAAAGCUCGACUCCAUCAGCAACAUGUGAUAUAUCCAAGAUCAAAUUGCCCGCAUUCGCCUCGGGCCUACCGGCUCCCAAUGAGACAGUUCCAAUAUAUGUGGCACUGGGACGGGGAACACAGAACUAUACCUGUGCCGACUCUACAUCUGCGUCUACUCCCAAGGCUAUCGGUGCCGUCGCCAACCUGUACAAUGCGACAUGUUUGGCUGCCAACUACCCCGAUCUUCUGGAGUUGCUCCCCAACAUUGCCCUCAGUAUUUCCCUGCCUACCAACGAGUAUGCGACUUUCCCACCCGCCAACCUCGGACUGAUGGGCCAUCAUUUCUUCACUGGUACCAUUCCCGAGUUCAACCUCGACCUCACAGCCACCAAGCAGUUCGGCAUUGCCAUGACCAAGAAGGGUGGCCAGAUUAAUGCUCCCACAACUGCUGUCAAGGGCGAAUAUGGUGCGGUGCCUUGGCUGUACCUGUCGACAAUUGAUGGCACUGUUGGCAAGUACAAGGGCGUCUACCGUGUGGACACAGCUUCGGGCUCUCCACCUGACACUUGCGAGAAGAUGCCAUCUUCAUUUCAAAUCCAGUACUCUGCGAACUACUACUUCUUUGGGAAUUAG